UAAAGUGCGCCAGCGGCUGCUGGAGCUGGAAUCCAGAGUGCUGCAAUCCAGUGAGCAGGUGAGAGGGCUGCUGUUGCAUGAAUCAAGACCUGCCCCACUUUUGCCGUCGUGGUUGCUGUCACUGUCAUCCAGCACAGAUGGUGGGGCCGGCCGAAGAGCGGUACCCGACUUCUAGCCUGCUCGUCUAGCGUGAUGGCUGUGGACAUAGAAUACAGCUACAGCAGUAUGGCCCCUUCUCUACGCAGAGAGCGUUUCACCUUCAAGAUCUCCCCAAAACUGAGCAAGCCACUGAGGCCUUGUAUUCAGCUGGGCAGCAAGGAUGAAGCCAACGGGAUGGUGGCCCCUGCGGUUCAGGAGAAGAAGGUGAAGAAGCGGGUGUCUUUCGCCGACAACCAGGGGCUGGCCCUGACAAUGGUGAAAGUGUUCUCGGAAUUCGAUGACCCACUAGAUAUACCGUUUAACAUCACCGAGCUCCUAGACAACAUCGUGAGUCUGACGACAGCAGAGAGUGAAAGCUUUGUUUUGGAUUUCCCUCAGCCUUCUGCAGAUUACUUAGACUUUAGAAAUCGACUUCAGACCAACCAUGUCUGCCUCGAAAACUGUGUGCUGAAGGAUAAAGCCAUCGCAGGCACCGUGAAGGUCCAGAACCUGGCAUUCGAGAAGGUUGUGAAGAUCAGGAUGACAUUUGACACCUGGAAAAGCUUCACAGACUUCCCUUGUCAGUAUGUGAAGGACACUUAUGCUGGUUCAGACAGGGACACGUUCUCCUUUGACAUCAGCUUACCCGAGAAAAUUCAGUCCUAUGAAAGAAUGGAGUUUGCCGUGUGCUAUGAGUGUAAUGGCCAGGCGUACUGGGACAGCAACAAAGGCAAAAAUUACAGGAUCAUCCGGGCUGAACUCCGAUCCACUCCGGGAGUGAUUGAGCCGUACAAUGGACCAGAUUUUGGAAUCUCUUUUGACCAGUUUGGGAGCCCUCGGUGUUCCUUCGGCCUGUUUCCAGAGUGGCCUAGUUAUCUGGGAUAUGAAAAGCUAGGGCCUUAUUACUAGUGACUGCAGUUGACAGUCCAUGGCUCUGAUCAAGAUGGGGGAGAGAUCACAAGGCCAGAGGGAAGUUGAACUGCCUUUAGGCGUGGUUUUUGAAAAGACAGGAUCCCGUUCACCUUUUUCUUAAACCAGCAAGUCCAGCAUGUUUCUAUCACACCUGGCUCCUAGCUCAGAGGAGAGGAGGCGUGCUGAUCUUCUGUGACAUCCGGGUUGGCCGCAAGGGAAUGAAUAGAAUGGUGCCAGAAGAGUCUGGAGAAGAGCCAAGCUGGCAAGGACAGAGGAAGCUGGCCUCUCUUCCACACUUGGACUUCGAAAGUCACCCAGAAACCUUAGUCUCCAGCCUUUUCUAGCCUUAUCAUUGACCUCGAAGGUCCUGCCCCUGCUCAUGGCUUUCCAUGUGUCCCCUUCAUUCCACAUGUACUCGGAGGGAGCCACCUCAGUUCUGUGACACACUGGCCUGAUACCCAGCAGCCUCAGAAGAGGGACGGGACAGCUGCUUUCUGUGCAAGUUCUCUCGCUACAUUUCCACCUCCUACUCAGUCUAUCCCAUGAUCUGGACAAGAUAGUCAAAGCAAAUAAGUAGCUUGUGUCUGGAAUAGGCAUCCCCUCCGCUCUCUCCUGACCUCUCCUUUAUAUUCCAGAAGAGAGCAGCAUAUUAGUUACUGGAAAGUCAUUGGUUCCUGUGUGGGGUCAUGGGGUACAGCACUGGGACAAGGUAGGAUGGUCUGAACUUUUAGCUUUUCCUCUUGGAUUUUGGGGGAGCUUCCGAAGCACUCAGUUUCACCCCGCGUUACCAGAAGACUCAAUGACAAGAUUCAUUUCUACUUGCCUGGCGGGUGUGGGAGCUGCUUUCCUUUGAGAGAGUCCUAGUUCUCGAAUCUCCUGGAGUGUCCACUUCAACGCCUUGUCUGAGACUUUCAAAGAGCAAGACUGGCAUAGCCUCAAGUCCUCCAGAAUACACUUAGAUUUGUUUGCAAUAUGCAUUCAUCUUCAGGAUGCUUUAACGAACCCCCAAGGACAUUCAUUGGGUGUUUUUAUUUAUGGUGUGUAUUAUGAAAAGAUAGGGGAGGGAAAAAAAACAAACCUCACCACGUUUUUCUGUUAUUUUAAAUGUUUGUCAACUCUGAGGUAUCAGAUGAAUUUUUCUUAGCCAUAUUGGAUUGCAUUAUCAUACGCUAGUGUGAGACUCUUGGAGCUCUUACUGUCGGGUGAACCCCCAAACCCUGUGAUUUUUCUCUAGGGCAAAUUAAAGUUAUAGGGGAGUUUGAAAACUAUUUUUACACACAUAUUUGUAGAAAUUUAGGGGUGUUGUUUGGUUUCGGAUGUUUGGUAAAAGAUGUCUGCUUAAUUUUCUUACUGAAGUGAUGUUUCCCUGAGACAGGGAAAGGAACAUAGAGUCUCAUAGGUUCAGAGGCGGGGCCACCAGACGGAGCCCCGUGCCCUCUGGCUUCCUAAGUUAGCAUCAGGCAGAUGUCAAAUGUUUUUGAUCCUAGCAUGUGUGGUUUAUUUUUUAUCUUAACUUUUUCACUUUUGAAGUUUAAAGUGUUUUGACUUUUUAAAUGUUAUUUUCUAUGAUUUCUUAUUCCUAAAACUGGUACUAGUCUGUAAUCUGUGCUUUGUAUAUUGUGCCUCUCCCAGAUGGGUACCAAUCUGGGGUUGCAUGCUGAUAUCUGUGAAGAAAUCACCUUUGUAUGUGAGGCUGAACCUAGGCGGAGGAGGGGGGCGGGGGCGGGGGCGGCGUGUUUUAUCUAAGCAUACCAUAUAUUUCCCAUAUGAGUGUAUUUUAAAUGUUCUGGAUUUGGUGAUCAGAGCAGCUAGAUUUAAAUUGGAUGGAAGCAAAACUGAUCUCUUAUGGGUCCUGCAUUUUGUGUUAAGAAGGAAGGCAGCCAGGGGCACUGUAACUUACAUAGCUGCAGACUAAAGAUCAUAAAAGGGUAACCACAGAAUGAAGUCUGUUCAGUGGUGUGGAAUGAUGAUCUUCAGACAUUCCGUGUCAAAAAUAUGAAAUAUGGUAAUUCCAUGUUAUGUAUCUCUCCUAAAGCAGACAUACCCUCACCCCCUUUUUGCCCAUAUUUUCUCCAGUUUUCUUGCUCAUGGGCACUGGUUGAAAGCCCCCAGCCAGCACACCUUGGGUACACCCCUUGCCCCCCACCCCCCACUGCUCAGCUCAAAGGGCUUGUCUUCGCCUGUUUGCCAGGACCCUUCCCAAUGAAGCAGCCUGUGUGCUUGACUUCCUUAUCAAGGCUGUCACUCAGAGACUGAAGAGUCUUUCUUCUGUUUUUUUCCUCCAGCACAGCCCUUCUCCUUUUGACCCAGCCUGUCCCAUGACUCUGAGAUAGCCUCAGGAGCUGCACUGAGAAACUCUAUGCUUUGUUCAGAGUUCACCAUUGUAGACAAAUUUACACACCUCAGAAGAUGACAGGCCCCUUGCUUGACCCGGAGAUCUGCCUUCAUGCAAUUCUUGGUUAUAGUGAUGGAUGGACCCUAACCCCCAGACACAGUGAUCCAGGAAGGGAAGGCAACUCCAUUCUUUGUUCCAUAUUUAUUUCCCCAAAUUCCCUGGGGCACUUUUGCAGAAUGGUUACAAUAAAUAAACUAGACCAUAAGACACACUCUCCAUGUUUCUUGCAAGAAGCAUUUGAGUGUUGUUAGAAUUCUUUCUAGAAAGCUAGGAAGACAUAAUGGAAGUCUGUAAUUCUGUAGAAACUGAAACAACUUGAGUCAGUGGUGGGAGUUAUUUUAUCCCUGAGAUGUAAGCUUGAUGGCUCCUUGUUUUGGGGAAGCUCUGCACUCAACCGUGUCUCCUGGCAUGAUCACAGAAGCUGCAGAUAAGAUGUUCCAGAAAUCCUGCCAUCUUACCUAUAACAGGAUCUUCCAGAGUCACUCAAAGACAAUUUGGCAUCGUGGAGGACAGCAGGCAAGAGAGUACUGGUUUCUCCUGCUGAGGUAUCCCCAGUUCCACCAGCAAAGCUGUAUGCAUUUCCACAGUUUUGCUGCUAGUUCCCAGAGACCCCUGGGGCACGAGGACUUCUAGAAUGCACACGUGAUGAUGUUACACUUUUGCUUUAAUGUGAACAUCCAACUGACGGGCUUGCCGACAGUGUAUGCCUAAAUGUGCCUUGUUCAGAAACUUCUGCAUGUUUGUAGGAAAUAUUUUUGUAUACAUUGGUAGAGGGGAACUGCACUUUAAAAUCACAAGAAUGGAUGUUUGUGUGUGUAUGUGUGUGGUGGAAGAGAAUGGUUUCUUUGUAUCUCAAAAGCAAAAAUGAAAUAAAUACAGAAAGAAA